AUGACCGUUAUUCACAAUGUGGAACUCUUGCUUCAGGUGUCGGAGAUGUUUCGUGAAAUUGCGAAACAUCUCCGUAGCCAUGGCGCUACCCGAGAGUCUAAGCAUUUCUACAGCAGCGUAAUGGCUCAUUGCUUGAUGAUCCACGAUCACAUCAGCCGCAUCGAGACCUUCAUUGCCGAUGAUAAUAUUUUGAUCACGAGCAUAUUGCUUCGACUCGAGGCAACUGUCACCCCAGAUAUUUUGAAAGCUCAAUCGGUGCUCUCAACCACGAUCCGAUCAGUGCUCCCAACCACAGCUUAUCCCCGGCUCGCAGCUUUACACGUCGCGUGGAACCAUGCUCGCCGUGAGGGCGGUACGGUUGAUCUGCAGCUCGUAAUGCUAUCAGUUGACCUCGCAGACGAUUCAGAGCAACCUGAUAAGCUGAUUGAAUUUUUCGAAGACUGGGAAGAUGACCUCAAGGUUCAAUAUCCCGACGACCCAGCACUGUGGGCUCGAGAUGAUAUGGUUAGCUUGAAGAAGAAUAGGAGACAGCCUUCAUACUUGGUUUUGAAUGCCCCGCAGUCACUGUUCCUUGCCCUGAUGGAUUUGAAGGACUGCACCUGCCAGCCUGUGCAUGACUUCGGUGUCCGCCUUUGCCUGGGAACAUUUCAGACUGCCCCGGAGACUGAGAAGGAGCAGGAUCACGACUGCGCGUUCGAGAUGUUUCUAUCUAUGCAACAGGAGUGGCACGAGACAGACGUGUGUUUUGCCAAGAGUGCCGGAAUCAACUUUGCGCAGACCAACAAAGCCACGCAGAGGCCAAAGGUCCCCGCCAUGAAGAUCAAGAGUCUAUGUGAGCCCAUUAAAAAGAGAAAGCCUUAUGAUCGUCUUAAGCUGAAAGUUGGCGAAGACGGACGGCUGUGGAAGCUGCGAUCCGAAAAGUGUUGCUUUGCAGUGGAUGAGACUAGAGCACCGGUAUCACUACAGAAUUUUAUUCAGGGACAGUACAGGUCGCUGACCGACAAAACCAAACGGAUUCUGGCCGUAAUUCUCGGAUAUGCUGUUCUAUACCUCCAUGAGACUCCCUGGCUCCCGCCCUCAUGGGGCCCUUCGAGUAUCUUGUUCUUCCACACGACUUCGUCAGCGAUUCCUCUCAAACCUUUUAUCCAAACUCAAUUAGCAAAGGAUCACGCGGUCGAUUCGCCGGACACUUCCAUUCUGGAUCCCGAUGACUUUGAUCCCGACGACUUAGACCCUGAUGACAUUAUGAUCCACCAGUGUCCGCAUCUGGUGACGCUGGGGAUUGUGUUGAUGGAAUUGUAUCUCGCCACGUCUUUCGAAGAACUAGCUGCGAAAUACGGAGUGUCUCUAAACGAUCGGACGAGGUCUAUCGAUGCAGAGCUAGUGUUCGACCAGUGCAAGAAUGAAAUCCCGGAGAAUUCCCAAUUUCAUUACGCCGUGAAGAAAUGCUUAGACCCAAAAGUGUGGGAGGAUAACAAUGGGGCCCGAUUGAGCGACAAUGCACUGAAAGCCGCGAUAUACCAGGAGGUUGUUAGUCCAUUGGAGGAUGAGCUGAGCCAAGCAUUUAGCUACAUCUCCCUUGAGCAACUUGAUCGCAUUGCGCAAACUCUAGACCUAGCCAGUUGGGGCCAGGCUACCCAGAAUUAUCAGACUUCUCCUCGCUCUCCUGGAACUCCUGUCGACAUGGCAAUGAGACCAGCACAGGGGCUCUCAUCAAUCCAAGACUUGAAAGAUCAAUAUCAACAACAGCAGAAAUACCUAGCGCAUAUUCAGGGACCCAUCACGUUCCCAGUGAUGCCUAUCUUCCAGCCCGUUUCUUCUGCGAUGCUCGUGCCCCAGCCCGGAAACUUGACUGAUUUUCAUUACCAAAGCAUGAGAUUCUUUGAUGAUGAGACAAUUGCCGAAGAGCAUUCAGCGGAAGCGUGUCUAAACUACCGCAACUGGCGGCGAAGAUUCAAGGAUGUCUACGAGAAGUACAUCCUUCAGCCACCCAAUAUCCCAGUAAAAAUCGCGGUUUUCGAUACAGGGGUGGAUCAGACACACCCAGACGUAGAUGCAUGCAUUGAGCAGAUCAAGGGGCAAUUCAAUUGGACGAAUGAGAAGUUUCCUCGGCUGGUCGACGACUACAACGGACAUGGAACAUUCAUCACAAGCUUGCUCAUGGAAUAUUGCCCCGAUGCCGAGAUCUACAUCGCCAAGAUCUCCGACGGCAAACCAUGCAGCCCCAACAUCAUCGCCAAGGCUCUCGACUAUGCAGUCAACGAAUGGCAGGUUGAUAUCAUCUCCAUGUCGUUUGGUUUUCACUCACGUGAUGUCGAAGGUUAUGAUGAAUUGGAACGUGCCAUUCACCACGCAUACUCCAGCCGCGUUCUUCUCUUUGCUGCCGCCUCGAACAGCGGUGCGAACUUGGACAGGGCUUACCCGGCCCGCGAUGAGAACGUGAUCUGUAUCAACUCGACCGAUGCGAACGGGAAUCGCUCACCCUUUAGCCCUACUGCUCUUGCGGACACACUGAACCUGGCCACGGUCGGCGAGGCCGUGGAGUCUGCUUGGCCAAUGCGGCUCUGCGAAUCGCCGUCCGGCCUCAAGCAUAAAUCGGGGACAUCAUUUGCCACCCCCAUCGCAGUUUCCAUUGCGGGCUUCCUGCUGCAGUACGCCCGGUUGCAUAUCCCCGAGCAUGCCUAUCUAUUGCAACGACAGUCCAAAAUGAAAGCCGUGCUCCGGAAGAUCGCGGAGAAGAGCCUGGACUCGCGCGCCCGCGAUGAUUACCAUUUUGUGGCCUUGAGCCUUUAUUCCGAUAAUCUAUUUGGGAAGGAUCCGGAGUUCAUCAACCAUACACUGCGCGACAUACUCCGCCGGUAG